UACACUUAAUAAUACAAAAAGAAUGCGUGGCUCAUGGCACACAUGUAGACUCCACACUCGCUACAUUAUUAAUCAGAAAAAUAAUUAAUAUAACCAAACCAAAACAUUUAAUUUUCCCCAAUUAAACAUGGCGACGGCGGCGAGCCACCGUGAUUACUGCUACAGAGAAGUGGUGCCGUUCGCCGCCAUGGUGAGCCUGCAAUGCAUCAACGUCGGUCUGAACACGCUCUUCAAGGUCGCCGCCAACGCCGGCAUGAGCCGCCACGCCUUCCUCGUCUACGCCUACGCCGUCGCCGCCUUGAUCCUCCUCCCCGCCCCUUUCUUCUCCCGCCGAUCAGGAGCCCUCCCGUCGUUGAAUUCGUCGAUUCUGGUCAAGUUUUUUCUGCUGGGAGUGGUGGGGUAUGGAUCGCAGUUAAUGGGAUUCACAGGUAUUAAUUACGGCUCUCCCACGCUUGCUUCCGCCAUCAGCAACCUCUCUCCCGCCUUCACUUUCCUGCUCGCCAUCAUCUUCAGGAUGGAAAAGCUAACGUUAUCGAGCUCGAGAAGUUGGGCCAAAGUGGUUGGCGCCGUGGUCUCGAUAUCAGGAGCAUUUGUAGUAACAUUUUACAAAGGUUCAAGCAUCAUCAAUGCUCCUCUUUCCUCUCCACUUUCACUAAUACCCAGCUCGACUCGACUCGAUUGGAUCCUUGGUAGUCUAUUUCUCACGCUCGAAUAUAUCCUCUCUCCCAUAUGGUGCAUUUUUUUGACACACAUUAUGAAAGAAUACCCUUCGGGAUUGAGCAUAAUGUUCUUCUACACAUCUAGCGUGAGCGUUCUAGCUGCAGUUGUGGGGUUUUUUCUCGAACCCGACUCUACUAAAUGGAUAAUCAAACCUAAUAUUGCGUUGGUCUCUAUCAUAUGUUCGGGAGUUUUGAACGGUUGCAUAAGCAACACGGUUGAUUCUUGGCUCUUGCACUUGAGGGGCCCAGUCUACGUGGCAAUGUUUAAGCCCCUUCAGAUCGCCAUAGCUGCAGCCAUGGGAGUAAUCAUCCUAGGCGACACUCUAUAUCUUGGAAGUAUCAUUGGAGCAACAAUAAUAGUAAGUGGUUUCUACACAGUGAUGUGGGGCAAAGCGAAAGAAGAGUUGGGUGAAUUUGUGAUUGAAACUGCAGACCAAAAUCAUCCAUUUCUACAAAAUUACAAAAUCUAGGACGUGUAGAAGAAGUUGUAUAUUGAAUGUGCAUGUGACGAAGGAGGGGAAACAAUUCAACAAAUUUAAGAUUUAUCCUCAAACUCUAUCAUCAAUUAUUCAAAUAAGAGUUUCUAUCAA